AUUGUCAUAAAACUUUAAUCAGUUAUAUUUUUCAUUCCAACAGCUAUAGAUUUUUUUUAUUAAUUAUUUAAUGUUUUUGUGAUCUAGUUGCUGUUUUGUAUAACGAAAAUGUCGAUAAUAAAAUCAAGAGAUUCAGUGCUGGGAAGUAAAAGAGGUUCUCAAUGGGAGGAUUUAAUGAGAAAGUUCUCAGAGGCUCAUAGAGAAGAAUGCAAGUCGGUGUCUUUAGACAUUCCACGGGUUCCUCGUUCUAUGAAGGACUUCCCGACCGGCUCACAGUACGAGGGCUCCUGGGACUUGCUAGGAAUGAGCGGAUACGGGGUUUAUAAAUACUCUAACGGAGUUAUAUACGAGGGAGAGUUCGAGGAUGGGAUGUUCCAUGGGAAGGGUGACCUUAAAUAUCCUAGUGGUGAUAUCGUUCGUGGCACUUGGAAGAACGGCCAGCUCGUUGAGAGGAAACUGAUCUUCGCUGACGGCCUGGAGUUUAGCGAAACGGAUUGGAUGUACUGUAGAAUGCCAGAUAGAAGAUUCACGAUAGAAUAUGAUCUUGGUAUUCAACCGAGUGGCGAGUCCUUCAUGACGGCUGAACAGCCUCCUCGAGAAAUACCAUACGGGUACUAUGAUACCGGCGACGGUUUCUAUGACCCAGCCACCAAAGUCGUAUUCAGUGUUGACAACAUUAGCACUAUUAUCAGAUCGCCUUCGGAACGGGAACAGAAAUGGAUAAUCGAGAAUUGUCGCACCAAUCCCGAAGUACCUUUGGGACCUAGGAAGGAUCUUUACGAGGAAUGGCUGGAACCGAAAAUUAGCCUUCCAUUGAUGCCUUCACCAGCAUCCGAAUCAAGGGGCGCUUCAAUAUCAACAAGGCCGUCCACUUUUGACUCUGAACGCGAAACGGAAGUGGCGUUUAAAAAUAUACACGAGUCUUCAACUAGCAGCAGUGACUCCGAGAUUGAAUUAAUAAAAUAUUUUUAAUCUAUCAUAUUAAUUAAAUGACGUAUGGAGAUAUUUUUAAGUUAUUUAAGUAUAAAACUAUUAAGUGUUUUUUAGUUUCUUCUAAUAUAAUUCACGUAUAUAUUGUGGUCAUUGUACAUAGAUUUAUAUGAUACAUGUUCAUUAUAAAUAAUUUUAGUAUUAAUUUGUGUUGUUUGUAUUCUA